AUGAAAGAUGAAAAUGCUUUAACUGCAGCUUGUAGUAGUAGAGGAAGCAAAGGAAGAAUGGAGUUGACAAAGGAAUCUCAUGAUCACAUUCUAUUGGAUAUUCCUGUCACUAGAGAACAGAUGAAUCACUAUCGAGCUGCAGCUGAAACUGCUCAAAGUGAACUUGCAGCACUUUCAGUGAAGUAUGAUUGUGCCCACUCAGAGCUUCUUAAACUCAGGUCCAGAAUGGUCUCUAAAGAAGCCUCUUUUCAAGAGCUGAAGUCUGAAGCUGAAAGCUACAAGGAAAACAAUGCUAGACAGGUGUCUCGCCUCCUGUCUUUGCAAGCCCGAAUGCGGGAGAUGGAAGAAGAAGUGUGCGUGCUCACCACUUCUAAAAACCAGGCUGAGCUGAAAGCUCAGGUGGCAUUAAAGGAAAACUUGGAGUUGAAGGAGGAGCUUCAUGAGCAAAAUGCCAAACUUAAUAAAUAUUCGAAAGAGUGUGAAGAAAGCAUGACUCAAGCUUCUAAAAUCAGCAGAAAGUAUGAAGAGCUCCUUACACAGCUUUCUGGAUUAUUGGCUGCAGACAUCAGAGAAAAAGAGAAACCACAGGAACAUUUAAUGUCAAAGGUCUCUGAAAUAUGUAAAGAAAAUCUGACACUAAAAGACCAGGUUGCUGCUCUUCAAGAAGCUAUCAACGUCCAUGAGAUGGAGUCCAAAGCUAGCAGAGAAACUAUCAUGAGGCUUGUUUCAGAAGUGACCAAGGAGCAGAAAAAGGCAGCAGGAUGCUAUCAAGACGUGGAAAAACUUAGUAAGGAUCUUGACAGUGCUAUAAUAGGGAGACAGAGUUUGGAGAUGGAGAUCAGGAACCUCCAAGAUAAACUGACUGUGAACCAGAAAGCUUUGGAUUCCUCAAAGUGGGAACUGCACAAUCUGAAGAAAUCUUCUAGUGAGCUGGAUGGAAGCUUGAAGAGCAGCAGAGAAGAAGCCAGGACUGCUCAGAGGUCUUUAACGGCUUUUAAAGAACAAAUUGCUACCCUACUCAGUGAUGGAUCUGCAAUAGUUAAACCUUCAGAGAAGUCCAUUUUUGAGAGGAUCCAAGAAAUAAAUUGCAAAGAGGAGAGCAAAGAAAUAAUGGUAUCUCAGCUUGAAACCCAAAUAGCUGAAUUGACUGAAGCUUUGGAAAAUCAGACCAGAUCGUACCAAGAAGCUAUGGAGCGGAGUCGGAAAGCUGAAAAAUGUUCUGAGACUUUCCAGGAUCAACUGAAACACUUGGAAGAGGAAUUACUGUCUGUAGAUCUGAUGAAGGAAGGCUUGAAGCUUGAGAAACAAAAAUACCUGAAAUUUCUGGAGCAACUUAAUGAGAAGAUGAAGCUGGAUAGCCUAGCAGCAGAGGUUGGAUUUGAUAUGAAUGUGGAUGCAAUUCUAGCCCGGGCAGAGCAGUUAGUGAAACUCGAAGGUGAUGCAGUGAUUGAAAACAAGACUAUGGCAUAUAGCCUAAGAAGGAAGUUGAAGACUCAAAAAGAAAAACUUGAAAGCAAAGAGCUGCACAUGAACAUUCUGCGGCAGAAAAUAACUCAGUUGGAAGAGGAGAAGCAAGUAAGGACCUCCUUGGCUGUAGAGAGGGAUGAGGCCAAUCUCACUGUCAGAAAGUUACAUAAGAUGAUAGAGAAGUUACAGAAGCAGCUUGAUCUGGCAAGGGAAACGAACACUGAUCUCAAAGCCAAGCUGUCUGAAACCAAUGAACUUAAGAUUAAAACUUUGGAGCAGAACAGAACAAUAGAAGAACUCAAUAAAUCUCAAGGCAAAUUGGAAAGAAUGAAAGAAAAGGCUGAGAAACAACUCACCUCUGUCAAAUCAGAACUUCUUUUAAAGGAGCGUAAAGCUACUGAAGAUAAAGAAAAAAACAAAAAUAUGUUAGAAGCAGCUACCAGUGAGAUGAAGGUGCUUAAAACAACCCUUGCAGAACUAGCAAAAAGGGAGAGACAGCUGGCAGAUUUCCGAGAGGUAGUCUCGCGGAUGCUGGGCCUCAACAUUGCCAACCUGGCUCUUCCUGACUAUGAAAUCAUUACAUGUCUUGAACGGUUGAUUCACUUUCAUCAGUGCCACUACUUCCCCUGUGUCUGCCUCAAAGAAAUGGCAAGGGCACCAGAGGAACACUCUCAAAGAAACAUAGAGCUUCUUCACUGA